ACCGAAAGAAGUUAAAUGUAAAAUUGAGUCGUUUAACGACACAGAAACAGAUUUAAAAACAGUUUGUUUAUAAAUAUGUAAAUAUUUAACAAACUUGAUGGCAAUGUCUACUUCUUUAGUGGUAGCAGCAAUCGACUUUGGUACAACUUUUUCAAGUUGGGGAUUUUCAUUCAAGCACGAGUUUAAGAUUGAGCCGACAAAGGUCAAGACAAAAACCUGGACUGGAUUAGAGUCGGCCAUAUCGUUAAAAGGGCCUACAACGAUUCUUAUCAGUCCUGAUGGACAAACAUUUGAUAGUUUUGGUUUUGAUGCUGAAACAAAAUAUGCUGAACUGGCAGAAGAGCAGAAGCAUAAAGAAUGGUACUUCUUCAAGAGAUUUAAGAUGCAACUGUAUGACAAAAUUAAUAUCCAAAAAGAUUUUACAAUUGAAGAUGCAACAGGUAAAUCUCUGAUGGCGAAAACAGUGUUUUCAUUAUCCAUAGGAUACCUUAAAAAUGAUCUUAUGGGCAUGACAAAGAAACAAGUAAUUGACCAAAAUAUAUCAGAGGACGAUAUAAAAUGGGUUUUAACAAUUCCUGCAAUAUGGAACGAUGUAGCCAAACAAUUUAUGCGAGAAUCUGCGGAAGAUGCAGGAAUAAAAGAGGAGCGUCUCAUUAUUGCCCUUGAACCGGAAGCUGCAUCUAUUUAUUGCCAUUUACUUCCAACAACAAGAAAUCAGGAUUCACUUGGGCAAUUACAAAGCGGGAGUAAAUAUGUCAUACUAGAUGCUGGAGGAGGAACAGUUGACAUAACAGUUCACGAAACUACACAAUCAAAGGAGCUUAUAAAUCUGGCUAUUUCAUACUCAAACGAAACAGGGGCUGAUGUAAUGAAAUCGUUUAAAGAGGAUAAUGUAGAAGAGUACAUGGAUCUGAUGAGAGCCUUUGAGAUCAAGAAGAGAGAAGCCAAACCAGACAAAAAAGUGGCCAUAAGGAUACCCGUUUCUCUGACUGAUGCAGUAAAGGCAAUUAGAGUUACACCCGUACAAACUGUAAUAGCUGAGUCCAAGUACAAGGAUAGUAUACGUUUAACUGGAGACAAACUAAAACUUAAUUCAGAUGUCAUUAAUGGUUUCUUCCAAGAAUCUCUGAAAAAAUUUUCAAAUCAUUUAACUAACUUACUUCAAAAACCGGAGUUGGAUGAAUGUGAAACUUUGCUAAUGGUUGGUGGUUAUUCAGAGUCGCUUUUACUUCAGCAACAUAUUACGAAAACGUUUCCAAACAUGAAAAUCGUUGUACCAUCAGAUGCUGGGCUUGCUGUGUUAAAAGGCGCCGUGAUAUAUGGCCACGAUCCUACUGUGAUUUCACAAAGAGUUUGUAAGUACACGUAUGGGAAUGAUGGGGUGCAUGAUUAUAACACAAAUUGCACACACCCGCCUAGCAGGAGAGCCUUUGAAAACGGCAUUGAGCUCUGUUAUGAUAUAUUCUUUGUGCAUGCUCGUGCUGGGGAUGUCAUUAAGCUAGGAAAAGAAUGCAAAACAAAACAAUUUUAUCCGCUCGAACCAUUACAGAAGAGGAUAACAUUCGAUAUAUUCUGUACAAAAGAACAAAAGCCAGAGCUAGUUACGGAUCCAGGUUGUGUGAAAUUGGGAAGCGUUACAAUACCAAUGCUUGACACAACUGGUGGAUGUUCUCGACGCGUUAUUGUGAGUUUUCUGUUCGGCGGAACAGACAUAGAAGUCAAAGUGAAAGACCCAAGGGAAGGAACAGUGCGUAAAGUGAAAGUUUCGUUUUUGGGAUAA